UCGCGAAAGAUGGGGCUGAGCCUAGUGGAGCAGAGACUGGAGCAGCGGUGUACCUGACUCGAUUGAUGGAGGAGAGGUGAAGAUUGACGAAUUGAUUAAGUAAACGGGCACGGAGUGAAGAAAAUUGAAGAUGACUGGAACAGGUAAAAUAGAUGGCGGAAGUUGUGAGCACGGGAGCGUGAAGGUAGGCUAUAUCGCGGCGGGGGUAUGACAGAAUGCGUUUGUGCCGACGCUCUCGCUCGGUCCGGCCUGAGCAAAGGCGGAUGAUGCAUGUCAUGGCCCCGCGGCAAGCUGGAGCCGUCUUUUAUCCCCGAGAUCCGCCCCGUUCCGCUCAUCGCCGCCGCUCAUCGCCGCCACCCGAACGUCUCCUCACUCACCUGAAACAAGAGCAGAGGGCGGACCUGACAGCACACGCAACAGACGACGUCGAUGGAAAGACAAAAGGUCGCCGUCAAAGUGGCAAUGUUCCUGCUUGGCUGCUCCGAGUGGGGGGCAAAGCAGCGAGGAGGAGGAAGAGGACGCCCUGCGCUUGCCAAGUCCCGCUGCAAUCUGGGAGCGGGGAGGGAGCGGAAGUGGAGGCAGUCCGCCCCAUGCAUGCAUGCCUACAUCCCUCCUCGAGCCGCUGCUGCGCUACCUACGCGGCUCGCCAAGCUUUACUAAGCACUCGCAGCGGCUACGAUCGCCGCACUUCUGCAUCGUGAGAGAGUCUGAAGUGCGAUUCACUAUCUUCUGGCGUCUCGAUACGAUGGAAGAGCCAUUACGAGCCCUUGCACUGAUGUGUGCCUCGCUCGGUGCGUCUGCAAAAUGCAGAACGUCGGACAUUCUCUGAGGUGCAACGGUCAAUGCACUAAGUCGCCCCGGUAGCUAUAGCGUGGUCACAGAUAGCAGACGAUGAAUCUGAAGACUCUCGAACGAUGCCCAUCCAGCAUCCGGUGUCC